UUUUGUAUGAUGAAUAGCUUUUAUUUUUUACCAAUAUUUUUUAUAAAUUAUGAAUAAACUUUCAUGUAAAAAUAUGCUGUGACAAGUUCGAUUAGGAUUUAAGAACAAUGGAUGCGCUUCAAUUUGAGCUCCAACCCAACCUCAAAUUCGUAUCAGAAUUAAAAUCAGAUUUAAAAGAAAAAUAUUUGGAGCAAUAUGGAAUAACUAAAAACUACUUAUCAUCUUUUUUAUCUUCUUUGCAAAAACUUUAUCAAGAACAUCAAAAAAUAUUAACAGAUAAUUUGGAGCUACGUAUAAUCAAUGAAAAAUUAAGGAAACUCAUUGAAGAAAAUGAAGCUUGCAAUGAAAAAAAAAUUUUGGAAAAGUUGCAUGAGUCAUCUUUAGAAGAUAAUUGCAGAGCACCAGACUAUAAAAAGCUACUUUCAACUGAAAUUCAAAGUUCUAAUGAAAAAGUAAAUGGUAAUAAUAAUGACAAGUAUAAUGAACAAAUUAUAAGAGAUCAAAAUAUAGAAAAAAUUUAUGAAGAUGCUGAGCCAAUGAAUGAAGAAAAUAAUUUUGAUGUUAUGGAUAUAUGUUCUACAGAUUUCAAUUCUGAUAUAGAAGAAAAUGUCAAAAAUGAUGAUGUGACACCUCCUGUUUCAAAAACCAAUACACCAGUUAAAAUAAAAAAUAGUCCUAUUUUCAGUAAGAAAAAAAAAACUGGAUCAAAAAAAAAUUCUUCUUUUGUAUCAAAUUCAAGUUGGGAUAGUAAAAUUAGUUUCAGUGAAAGUAUUUCAGAUGCAUUUUUUGAUGAUUUGGAUGCAAAUGUAGAUCAAUUACUCCAUAAUAUGAAUCAGAAUAAUUCUACUGAAAAUGAACAAAGCUUGUUGACAGAAGUAUCCUCUGAAUUAAAGGAUGAAACAAAUAAGGAAGUACUGAAAGUAGUCAACAAUAGAUCUGUAAGUUCAACUUCUUAUAUUGAAAAUGAAAAAAACAAAAAUUUAGUGUUAGGUAUAUCAAAAAUUUCCUGUGGUAAAUCAGAUUAUACAAACGAUGGAAAAAAAUUGAAACAGGCUACUUUGGGAUUUUUUGGUAAAAAAAAUUUGCCACUAACAGAUGUUACAAAACAUGCUGAUGAAAAUAUAUGUGAAAAAACUUCAAUGAUUUUUGAUCAUGAAGCAAAUUCUGCAGGUCCUUCUCUAAACUAUCAACAAAUUCAAGCUCUUGACUCCAAACUAACUCAAGAAAUUGAAAAAUAUCAGAGCAAAGUAUUGGAUAAAGAGGAUGAUUUGAUAAAAACAAGUCCAAUUGUAAAUACUGAAUCAAAAUUACGAAAUAAACUUUUUCAAUUAACGAAAUCAGAUAGUCAAAAAAUAUCAUCUAGAUUAAAUGAACAAUCAAAAAAGGAUUUGAUGACUGAAAGACCAAUCUUAAAAAGUAUUUCAAUGAACAAAAUAAUUGUCUCAUCGACUUCUGGUUUUAAUAAUAAUAAAAGAAAAGGAAGUUUUCACUCACUCGAAAAUCAAAAUUCUAUUUUAUCAAAGAUUAAGUUUGAAGAAAAAUAUUCUGUACAAAAUAAAAGCGACCAUGAAGUUGAGAUAGUUGAUUUGGAAAAAGAAAUGAAAUGUAAUGCACCUCCAUCCAAAAAAAUUUUACUCAACAAUUUUGAUGUAGUAUCUAAUGAAGUAAAGGAAAGUUUGAGCUAUGCUUACAUCGAACCUCCUGUUAGGAAGAAAGCUGAUAGAGAUAAGUUGUUAGGAUGGUGCUGUCUGCAGUGUGCUAAUUAUUAUGAAAAAUUGGAUUUAACUGAGGAAGAAAAAGAACAACGUAAAAAUGAAUGUUCUAGACACAGAGGAAAGUUUAAGCCACUUAUUAGUACUCCAGAAAGUUUUUGGGAUGUCAAUUUCAAGGAAACAAAUACAUCUUCAUGUGAUAACUGAUUUUCGUUAAAUAUUAAAUAUCAAUUCAAUGUAAAUAUAAUUCAUGCAGUGUCAUGAAAAUAUUAUAUAUUUUUGUAAGAUUGUUUAUGCUUUAAAAGCAAGUAAGUAAUGUUUGAUAAUUCUAUACAAAGUGUAAUUUAGUUUUUUACAUAAGAAUUAUACUAUAUUUUUAUAAAUUAAAAGUAUUCAAAUUAAAAGACUUAAUUUU